AUGUCAUCAGCUCAAUAUGUGGGCGGGAAGGAGCUCCAUGUAUCGGCACAAACGACGAGAAUUAGGGACCUCGAACACGAAUUAGAAGAAGUAAAAAAUGACCAAAAGAUCAGGGAGCUGCAGUACCAAGCGGAAACAGUCAAAGCUGCAUGGAAAAUCAAAGAUAUCGAAUACAAACUGCAAAAGCUGAAGGAGCUCGAGAUCGAAGAGGCGAAAAAUUGGAAGGCGGAAACAGAAAGGGAAGGAGAGGGACUCGUCUUUACGCCAGCUGAGAGUACCGAGAGUUUGAGCUCCAUGGUGGAAGAGGUGUCCGAAGCACAUCGUGAGGCUCACUUUGAUGAAGCGAAAGUCUUGAUUCCUACGAUAACCAACGUUGAUGCUUCGGGCGAGACACGCAUUUUCAAUGCUCUUGGGGAAGCUUCCGAGAUUAGUGCUUCUAUCGACGUAAGUCAGAGUGGGAGCACCGAAAAAAAGACUGGCGUGGCAAAAGAGAUGGCUCAAGAGAUCGAAGGAGUAAAUCACAGCCAAAUAGCAUCUUUGAUCCAACCUAAUUCGAAGCCUGGCCGGACCAAUCCUUCAUCAGACCCCUUUCUCCCAGCGUCGAGCACUCUAGAAGACGGUAGUCCGGAGAUCGACCUCUCGCUACAAUACUACGGAGACUUGGAUUUCCCCGAGGACGCGAUUGAGAUGUCAUUUUUAGACAUGGAUCUAGAACAGCUUUAUGAAGUUGCAAGCGAUGUAGAAGCGGCUCUGGAAUCGGACGUCGAAGUGGACCUAAAAACUGAUGCUCAAUGUGAUCAGCUCAGCCUACUCGGCAAUAUCCACUAUUUCAUCUUUUCGAGAACUGGCGCAGUAGACGACAUCGAAAAUGCAAUUAGAAACAGCGAGGGGGCAGUAGAUGGUGCAAAUACCGAUGGUCCGAAAUAUGCGCCCCGUUUAAGAAAUCUGAUUACGAUGCUGAUGAAAAAGUAUGAAUGUACGAAUUUGUUGGCCGAUCUCGAUCAAGCUGUGCUCCGAGCCGAAACGAUGGCGACAUUGGGUCGCCCUGACUGGCGAGCUCAAUUUCUCGACCUAGCUAGAAUGAAGGGCAGAAAAUGCUUGCGGAUGGGCUCAAGGGAGGAGAUGGAAGAACUGAUGGUCAUGUAUGAGAUGAUGGGCCAACCCAACCCAGUUCGGCUGUCAACACACGACAUGGAAGAGAAAGUAAGAACCCUCAACAGACUUACUGAGAACAUUAACAACGCGAACGAGUCCGGGGAAUCUCACAAUUUUGAUGAACUAGACACGGCCUUAAAACUAUGCGAAGAACUUGUGGCAUCAAUAAACGACCCCCUUAAAAAAUCAGCCUUACUCUGCGGUCUAUUCCAAAUCCUUCUGGUUAGAUACCGCCAAUCUCACGAUCUCGAUGAUAUAAACAAAGCUAUGAAAAUAGGCGAGGAAGCUCUGGUGAUAAUACCUGAUGAUCAUCCGAGCAAAGCAAAGCUCCUCAGAAACUUAGCAGAGUGUUUUGACACUAGAUUCGAGAAAACAGACAACCUUGAGGACUUAAACAUGGCUAUCGAAUUAGGCGAAAAGGGUGCAAUAGCAGCUUGCAAAAGUGGCCCUGAAGAAGAAGAAGAAACAUUGCGUUUCUUGGCAUCAGCUUUUUUCCAAAAAUAUAAGCGGACUGAAAAUCUCGAGUAUUUGCGAAAAGCUACUGAAUCAAAUCAGAAAGCCCUCAAAAUGCUGGAAAUUCUGCCCAGAGACGAUUCAAAAAUAUUCAGCGCAUUGUACAACCUAGCAAGCUGUUAUGGUGUUAGAUUCGAUCGCGCUCGCAACCUCGAUAAUUUACAUGCGGCUAUCCAAGCGAGUACAGAAGCUCUAGAGUUAGCACCCCACAACGGCACUUACAGGGCAGACUUGUUGGCAAAUAUGGCCGAAUAUUUUCAUUCAAAGUUCGAAGAAAGUGGCAAUCUCCACGAUUUACAUAUUGCCAUCAAAAAAGCAAAAGAAUUUCUAAAAUCAGCUGGUCUUGAUCAUCCGGAGAAGGAAACAACCAUAGCCAAUUUGACUGGCUACCUUGUGAAAAGAUUCGAAUUAACCGGGAACCUCGAUGAUUUACAACUUUCUAUCGAGGCGAGCCGAGGAGCCGUGUCUAAUGGAAGUUUUGGAAAUCUGGCGGUAGCCCUUAUUGAAAGAUUCCAGCGAACCGGUAACUUUGAUGAUCUGAAUUCAGCCAUUGGCGCUACUGAGGAAGCCAUCAAAAUGACAUCAAACGACAUCGUUAAGGAAGUAGCUCUUCUAGUUAAUCUUGGUUCAUAUUUGUCAAACAAAUUCGCCACAACACAGGAUAUAACCGAUCUUAAUAAGUCCAUCGAAACCUAUAAGCAAGCUCUGGAAAUGCUGCCUCAACACGCCAAGGACAGGCCAACAGUGCUGACCAAUUUGAGCGGCGCGUACCACCAUAGAUUCGACAAAACCAAAAAUAUAGAUGAUUUCCAACUGGCUAUACAGACAGGCGAAGAGGCGUUGGCAGAAAUUCCUCACAGUCAUCCACACAGGGCAAUCAUCCUGCUCAACCUAGCUACGUCUCAAGCAAUUAAAUUCCGGCACUCUAAUUCAAUUCAUGAUCUCGAAAAAUCACUUGCCUUUUCCGAAGAAGCAUCAAGAUUUUUGCAUGCGCCGCUACCUAUUCGAAUGUCGGCGGCACAAUCUACGUUCAGGCUCCAAACCAGCAACGAAAUGUGGAUCGAAGCAGCUUGCACGGCAGAAUUUUCAAUAAACCUUCUUCCGCUACUUGCUCCACGCCAGUUGAAACAGAGAGAUCAACAGCAUGUGUUGGAAGAAUUUGCUGGUUUGGCCUCAGAUGGCGCCGCUACAAUUUUAAAAGCGGAGAAGGAUGUACAUCGGGCCCUACAAUUGCUCGAGCUAGGUCGAGGCGUCAUUACAGGCCUGCGGUUUGGUGCUCGGACGGACUUAUCUGAGCUUAGGCUGCAGUAUCCAGAGCUGGCGGGAAGGUUUGAACAACUCCGGAGUAUACUAGAUUCUGGGACGGCUGCUAGCGCUCUAGUUUCUCUCGAAGAGAUAGAUGUCAGCUAUGAUGCAAAUAUUGAGUUCGAGAAAAUCAUUGAUAGCAUUCGCUCGCUACCUAACUUUGAAAAUUUCUUGCUGCCUCCAGGAGUCGAUGAACUAAUGGACGCCGCAUGCCAAGGACCCAUCGUUGUUAUUAACGUCAGCGCCUUUUGA